AUGGCUUCUCAGUUUGUCCUCUACGAUCUUGCCUCACCAAAACCCAACAGAAGCUGGUCUCUGAACACCUUGAAGACCCGCAUCGCUCUGAACUACAAGGGCAUCGACUACGAAACCAAAUGGCUGGAGUUCCAGGACAUCGAGCCAACCUUAAAGGCAAAGGGCGUGCAGCCAAACGCCUCAGGCACCGCGUUUACGGUGCCAACAAUAACCACUCCCGACGGAAAGACAAUCAUGGACUCCGUUGCAAUUGCCACUUAUCUGGAGUCUGAGUACUCCACACCAAAGUAUCCAGCCCUCGAGAUCGAUACCGACCGCCUGGCCAAAGUGCAAGCAGCGACUAGCGCCACGUUCGGGCCCCUAUUCCCAGUCCUUGCGCCCCUCGUAUUUGGAGAACUCAUCUCUCCCGGAAGCGUCGAGUACGUGAAAGCCAAGUACGGAGGUAAAUUGACGACAGAGGUCGAGGAUCCUGAAGCUGUAUGGGAGAGUGCUCGACCUGCGUUAACGGCGUUGGCUUCGCUUCUGAAAGAGAAGGAAGGCCCAUUCUUCGAAGGGACCACUAGAUCACAUGCCGACUUGCCCUUGGUCGCAAUGUUGCAUUCUUUCACUAGACCCAAAGAUAAAGCUGCUUUUGAUCGUUUGGUCAACUUCGAUCCAGCUUUCAAGACUUUGUACGACGAGUAUGCUCCCUACACAAAACGCGAUGACUAG